AUGAAGGACUGCGAGUACCAGCAGAUCAGCCCCGGGGCUGCCCCGCCGCCCGCCUCCCCCGGGGCGCGCAGCUCCGGCCCCGCCGCGCCCCCCGCUCCGAGCCCCGGGCCCGCGCCCGGAGCACCGCGCUGGAGCGGCAGCGGCAGCGGCAGUGGCAGCGGGAGCCUGGGCCGCCGGCCGCGGCGUAAGUGGGAGGUGUUCCCGGGCCGCAACCGCUUCUACUGCGGCGGCCGCCUCAUGCUGGCCGGCCACGGCGGCGUCUUCGCGCUCACGCUGCUGCUCAUUCUCGGCACCACCGUCCUCUUCUUCUUCUUCAACUGUCCCUACCUGGCCCGCAGACUGACCCUGGCUAUCCCCAUCAUCGCUGCCCUGCUCUUCUUCUUCGUCAUGAGCUGCCUCCUGCAGACCAGCUUUACUGACCCUGGCAUCCUACCCCGGGCAACCAUCUGUGAAGCGGCUGCUCUGGAGAAGCAGAUCGACAACACAGGCAGCUCCACAUACCGACCGCCCCCUCGGACCCGGGAGGUGAUGAUCAACGGGCAGGUGGUGAAGCUGAAGUACUGCUUCACCUGUAAGAUGUUCCGGCCACCUAGGACCUCACACUGCAGUGUCUGCGACAACUGUGUGGAACGGUUUGACCAUCACUGCCCCUGGGUAGGCAACUGUGUCGGGAGACGGAACUACCGCUUCUUUUAUGCGUUCAUCCUCUCCCUCUCCUUCCUGACAGCCUUCAUCUUCGCCUGUGUGGUCACCCACCUGACUCUGCGUUCUCAAGAAAGCAACUUCCUCUUCACUCUGAAAGAGACACCAGCAAGUGUGCUGGAGUUGGUCAUCUGCUUCUUCUCGAUCUGGUCCAUCCUGGGCCUCUCAGGGUUCCACACUUACCUCGUCGCCUCCAACCUGACAACUAACGAAGACAUCAAAGGGUCUUGGUCCAGCAAGAGGGGCGGUGAGGCCUCUGUCAACCCCUACAGCCAUAAAAGUAUUGUCACCAACUGCUGUGCUGUGCUCUGUGGCCCCCUACCUCCCAGCCUGAUCGACCGGCGGGGAUUCGUGCAGUCUGACACUGUGUUGCCCUCGCCUAUCAGAAGUGACGAGCCAGCCUGUGGGGCCAAGCCAGACGCCAGCAUGGUAGGAGGUCACCCCUGAAUGUGACUCAGUGCUUGCCACCUGCCGCCCGCCCUCCACGCCUGCCAGGACCCUCCCCAUACCAUCAGAGGGAAGCAGAGCUGCCAAAGACUCCAGUCUUUUCGUAUUUAUUUCCCAUCCUGCGCAGCUUCCUCUGAACUGCCACUUAGCUGUGCCCUCUUGCUCCUCAAAUCCAGGUUCCCACUGUUUGGGCCCUAGGUCCCUGAACUGAUCAGUGGCAGGAGAGGCAAGCCACAGCCUCUGGAGGCCACCAAGGGAACCAUGCCAAGUCAACUGCCUGUGCCCAGGGAGACCCAGUGUGAGUGAGGGUGUGAACUGAGUGGGCAGCCAGAGGCAUGCUUGGACCCUAGGGAGCUGGGGCUUCUGGAAGCAGGACUGCUGAGCAGCUGGCCCUGAAGUCAGGCCAGCACCUGCCCUUGGACUCCCUGCUCUGGGGCUCCCGCAUUCCCUUUGAGAUGAGCAAGGCUAUUUUGGUGGUCUUUGGGGGGCAGUAUAUGGAAUUGGCCAGUAGGAUAGAGCUGGGGUACCAGUAGAGAACAUGGGCAGAGGGUGGGAGGCAGCCUGUGUCAGAGGAAGCCAAACCAGCCAUCCAGCCUCAGAACCUCAGCUCCUGUAGAGUCCUGGGCAGCACAUUAGGAAUGGGAAUGGGGACCUUCAAGGAUCCUUUCCUGUGCCACCCCCCCCCCCCAGAGCUAGAGAUGGGUGGGUUAGGUGAUGCUCACAGUACUUGAAACGGGUUUAUUGUUUGUUUGUUUGUUUGUUUAUUGUGUGUGCAGUAUUCUGACUGUGUGUAUGCCUGCAAGCCAGAAGAGGGCAGCAGACCCCAUUACAGAUGGCUGUGAGCCACCAUGUGGUUGCCGGGAAUUGAACUCAGGACCUUUGGAAGAGCAGGCAAUGCUCUUAACCACGGAGCCAUCUCUCCAGCCCUUGAAAUGGGUUUAUUAAUGCUGGGUAUUUUGCACAAUUUUAUAGACCUCUUUUUUUACACGGCCUUUUUUAAAAAAUAGACUUUAAUGUGUUACUAUCUGUAUAGUGCCAAGUCAAGGGUUUUCAGAAGGCUAGGUGGUAUAAUAAAUGUUGUACAGCAGAUCUAGCUAUGAGAGUGAGUGUGUGUGUGUGUAUGUGUAUGUGUGCGCGCGCAUGCGUGCACCUGUGUGCAAAUACAGCUGACUUCCAUUUCCCUGGGCUAUUCCAUCUCUCUCUUACCCUGUGUUCAGAAGCAGCCUGACACAUAGGGGCUGGGAAGAUGGUACAUUAUUCACAAGAGACCCCUGGGCUCCUGCCCUUCCCUUCUACCAUAGCCUUCAGACAAACAGUGACUAGGGACUCUACCACCCAGCCCCCAGGUCAGGCUCCCAGCUGUAACCUGUCCCAACAGGCUGAGGCUAGGUGUGGUGGGUGGGGUGACGGGUCUGGGGAGCGGGAGCAGCUGCCAUUCUGCAAGCCACAUCCCCUCCUUGGCGCUCUGCUCUGUAUCUGCCCCCCCCCCCAUGCUAAAGAGUAGGAGACAACACAUUUCUGCUAAUUAGGAAUGAAGGAAGAAGCAGAAUAGGCCAGGAGGUGUGUGGGUUGGCCAGGACCUCAUAACACAUUGUCCUGCUGCUGGGAUCUGUAGUUUCUAAUCAAAAUAGAGACUUGUUCUUUUAGGACCCCCACUUUGGCCCUUCAGGUGGGCUGAAGCCCUUGGAUCAUAGCAUAGGAAGUCACUCCAACUUCUCUGCCUUGCUCCUAAGGCUAGUGGGUCCCAGACAGAGCUGGGGAGUGCGCUAGCUGGGAGAAACAGCUUCAGAGCCCUAGGCCAUCCUGCAGUGGCUCUGGGAGGUUGAUGAGGGGCUGGAAGAGGCUCCCUAACCUGCCUUUUAUUUAAGCCAGUAUUCAUUUGUUCCUGCUUGUAAUAAAACUUCGUUUUUAAGAGCUGA